AUGUCUUUCGAAGACGUCUUGAAGAGAGGAGAUGACUUCUUAGAUCAAUAUCCUCGUACAUCCAAGUUGUGGAACAUUGCUUCUCAUUCAACUUGUUUAUUUGUCAUCUUACAAUCGAAAUUGUUUCUUAAUUUGUUGUAUAAGCCAAGACUCCAUCACAUAGAAAAACUAGAUGAAGCCUAUCAAAAAGCAAGAGAUGAAAACAGAUGCCUACUCACUGUGAUGAAUCAUAUGUCUGUUGUAGACGAUCCAGCUUUUUUUGCGGCAUUGCCUAUGAGAUUUCAUAUGGAUGUGGACAAUAUAAGAUGGGGGUUAGGUGCAGCAAACAUAUGCUUUUCCAAUAAGGCUUUGUCGUGGUUUUUUAACUUAGGUAAGAUUUUGGGUACCGAUAGAUUUGGCGUUGGCCCCUUCCAGGGAUCAAUAGAUGCUGCUAUAAGAAUAUUAAGUCCAGAUGACACUUUAGAUUUGGAAUAUACCCCUGGUGUUCAAGAAGCAGCGAAACCACUCAUUUUACAAGAGGUAAAUAAUUUGAAGCCUACCGUUUCAAAGGAGCUAGUUAAUUUUGCGAAACCUGGGCCUGAGACUACAAAUGUUUUAAUGUCAAAGUCACCAUUCAUAAGAAACAAGACUUCAUGGUUUCACGUCUUCCCUGAAGGGUUUGUAUUACAACUAGAGGAACCUCAUAAUAAUUCGAUGCGCUAUUUCAGAUGGGGUAUCUCCAGAUUGAUCUUAGAAUGUACUAGAGCACCUGUCGUUGUCCCAAUAUAUACUUACGGCUUUGAAAAGGUUGCCCCGGAGGAUACUGCAGGGAAGGGAAUUCAGAGAUGGCUCCCAGCUAAUGUAGGUGCAGAGAUCCACAUCCAUAUUGGAAGUCAAGUAUCUGAUAAGUUAAUUGAAGAUUAUAGACAAAAGUGGAGACAACUAUGCAAGAAGUAUAUUGAUCCAGAGAAUCCAAAGGAUUUGACACCUGAAUUGAAAACUGGAAGCGAAGCCCAACAUUUAAGAAGCGAUUUGGCGGCUGAUUUACGUGAUGCAGUUCUAGGAAUCAGAAAUUCGAUUGGGUUCUUCAAGCCCGAAGACCCUCGCUUUAAAAGCCCAAAGUUUUGGAAGGAAUUCACCAAAACUGAAGGUUUAAGCGAUCCUGAUGUUAAAUUCAUUGGCGAAAAUUGGGCGAUCAAACGAUUACAAAAACAUCUUCCUGAAGGUGUUCGAGAAGACUAG